UCAUUUGUAUCUUGCUAACUAAAAAAUAUAAUUGAUGUCAUCCUAAUAAGACUCCUUGAUAUAAAUUAGCAUUCAACAUACCUGAUGGCCCAUAUACGGUACAGGUGUCACUAGAUUCGUAAGUGGAGAAAAUAUAAGUGGAAAAAUAAUGACGUUCAAACUGCUCCUGUUGUGCGUUGCUGUUGUUUCUGUCGUGGGAUUGUCGAAUGGCAGUUCCGACCGCCCAGUGCGUUCUCCAGCUCCGAGCGGUUGGCAAGGCAGCAGCAGUUUUGGGUCCUCACCGAUCGGAUUAGCUCGAAACGGAGGAGGUUGGGGUAGUGACGCUCCCACACUCACCCGUUCAAAUGGCUGGGGAGGAUCUGCCGGGUAUGGUGCAAACACUAGAAGUUACUCUAAUGGCAAAUCCGGAUGCGCCAAUUCUAAUGGAUGGGACGAGUCGAACGUGGGCUUCCGUUCCAACUCAGCUAUCUGGUAGUUAAAUUAUGUAUUUCUUCCGAAAUCAAUUC